AUGGGGCAGCGCCUGAGCGGCGGCCGGUCCUGCCUCGAUGUCCCGGGCCGGCUCCUGCCGCAGCCGCCGCAGCCGCCGCCGCCGGUGAGGAGGAAGCUCGCGCUGCUCUUCGCCAUGCUCUGCAUCUGGCUCUACAUGUUCCUGUACUCGUGCGCCGGUUCUUGCACCGCCGCGCCCGGCCUGCUGCUCCUGGGCUCGGGAUCCCGCGCUGCUCAUGCUCAGCCUGCUUUGGUCACAGCUUCGAAUGAGACAUCCCCUAAGAUGCCUUUCCGGGCGCCACCGGCCAACUCACUGGCUGCAGGCAACGAUAAGACAGUAGUCGCCGGGAGCCAGGAGGAGCAAAGUCCGGAGACACCGGACUCCCCCAGCCCCAUCUCCAGCUUCUUCAGCGGCUCCGGGAGCAAGCAGCUGCCGCAGGCCAUCAUCAUCGGCGUGAAGAAGGGCGGCACGAGGGCGCUGCUGGAGUUCCUGCGCGUGCACCCCGACGUGCGCGCCGUGGGAGCGGAGCCCCACUUCUUCGACCGCAGCUACCACAAGGGUCUCGCCUGGUACCGGGACCUGAUGCCAAGAACCCUGGAAGGCCAGAUCACCAUGGAGAAGACGCCCAGCUACUUCGUGACCAGGGAGGCACCCGCGCGCAUCUCAGCCAUGUCCAAGGACACCAAGCUCAUCGUGGUGGUGCGAGACCCGGUGACCAGGGCCAUCUCGGACUACACGCAGACGCUGUCCAAGCGGCCGGACAUCCCCAGCUUCGAGAGCCUGACGUUCCGCAACCGCAGCGCGGGCCUUAUCGACACGUCCUGGAGCGCCAUCCAGAUCGGCCUGUAUGCCAAGCACCUGGAGCCCUGGCUGCGCCACUUCCCGCUGGGCCAGAUGCUCUUCGUGAGCGGGGAGCGGCUGGUCAGCGACCCAGCGGGUGAACUGCGCCGUGUGCAGGAUUUCCUGGGCCUCAAGCGCAUCAUCACUGACAAGCACUUCUACUUCAACCAGACCAAGGGCUUCCCGUGCCUCAAGAAGGCAGAGGGCAGUGGCAAGCCGCACUGCCUGGGCAAGACCAAGGGUCGUGCGCACCCUGUCAUUGCGCGGGAGGUACUGAGGCAGCUGCGUGACUUUUACCGGCCCUUCAACCGCAAGUUCUACCAGAUGACCGGCCGCGACUUUGGCUGGGACUGAAUCUUCCCUUGGGGCUUAUCUAUUGAGAAAGAGUAUAUGUAUGUAAAAUGUACAGAAAUCUAUUUUAUAAUAAUUUAUUUUUAAUUCACAAGCAAUUAAUUCACUAAGCUGCCUAGCCACACUCUGCAGAGAGUUCGAGUCACGGUCUGUUAACAUUCCAAAGUGUUUAACUCCGAUAUUUUGUUCUGUCCCUCACAAUUGAUGGUGCUUCCGUGUUUUCCUUCCCUCCCCAUUGUAUUUAAGAAGAAGAAAAGCACAACUUGAGAUUUUCGUUACGGGUAUUCAGCCUUCAAUCACCUUGAGUUCUCCACCUGCUAUCUCCGUGGGUCUUGGCUGCCUCAGCUGAUUGUAUUGUUUUCUUGCCUGGGCACCUUCUGGAAGCACUGAGCUGCCUCAGCAUGCUGUAGCCUGAAGUGUGGUGAUGAGUGUGUAGUGACAUUGUGUCACAUUCACAUUAGCAGUUCAUCACCCUCUCUGAUGUAGCACCAAGGUGAGUUUCUCUCACCUCCCUUACAGGGACCCAUGCCCUUAUGACCCUGUCUGCUCUAUCCCUCUGUUCAUUUUAACCAGCUGGAAAUGUGUGAAAACAAUGGACCCCUUUCCCGGAUCCUACCAGUGAGAUGCUGCUUUACAAAAAAAGGUGAUAUCUCAUUUGUAUAAGAGUGUACCACACCUUGUUCCUUUCUUCAGUCAGUCAGUCAAACAGUGACACACCAAAGAGUCUCCCAGGCUUCCAUCCAGAGCCACCGGCACAAACCUAGGGUGCUGGAUGUUGAGAUCACAUCAGCAUUUAUAGAGGUGUCGCUACAUGUAGACCCAACUGUUGCUGGACAGUAGGCUCACGGCCUCAGUAGAGAGAAAAAAACAAAACACGCAGAUAUGACAAGCAGCCUGCCAGAAGAGGGGAAUGUGAAGCCAGAUACCUCUCUCAUACCUAGGCCAUCCCAGAGAUGCUUUGUAGGCAAUGACCACAGCAGGGUCUGAAGGAUGGUCCUAGAGGGCCCAGGCUAGGAAAGAUGGCUCCAUGUUACUUGUAGGUACUCAAGUCUGAAGGGUGCAGCUUCCCCCUGAAGACAGUGGGGUCUUAUCGGGAAGGUUGCCAGUUCUGCUACUAAUGUGCAGAUGAUUCCCUCUGUUGGCAGGAUCCUUGUGGGGGGAGGGGUCCUUUGGCUGGUUAGUGGCGGUUAUGUAACUGUGUAGUGACAUUGCAUCAUGAUUGUUCAGUUAAUCCUCAACUUCCUGAACCAGAAUGCUUCUACCCCAAAAGGAAUGUUACCUGAGCUAGACUUCCAUCACAAAUGCUUAGGUGGUUGAAAUGACUGCACUAUGAUAUUUCAAAAGAUUAUUUUGGACACUUUAUGGGCUAACUUGAUUGGAAGAGUAAAAUUACAUGGAAAGUACGUCUAUACCUUUACAAACUACGGAGAGGUUGUCCAUGGUCUAUAAGGAUAUUUUGGUAACCAAACUUGUGAUUUUUCUAUAAGUUAUAGCCCAGCUUGAAUUAGCUUAUUCUGGGCAACAAAAUAGUCCCUGGGCAGUUUAGGGGAGGAAGAAGGUGGUCAUUGGCUGUGUUUAUUCCUUAGAUGUUACACCCAUUUCUUUUUCUUCUGCAGAGCUGGGGGUAGAAUCCUGGGCCUGUUGCAUACUAGGCAAACACUGAACCACAUCCCCAGCACAUUUCAUGGUCAUUUGCUCAUUCUCUUCUGUCUAUACAGUAGUGUAUCGCCUGCCUUUGCUUGAGUGUGGAAGGCCUGUGUGAAAGGCGCUCACCACACCUUCCCUCACAUACAGCAGAGUCUUGCUCACAAGGAGAGGCCAUGUCAGAGGCCUUCAUUAAGGUUUUCUGGCUGCUUUCAGAGUCUGAUGUAACCCAUGAAAGAGAAGUGCAGAGAGUUCGGAGAACCGUACCCAGCCAAGUGGGAGGAAAACGUGUGAGCCUUCCUGCCCUCUCCCCAAGCUGGACACUUUUUUUUUUAAAACUAAGCUGUUUACACCUUGCUUUAGAUUAUAACAAAGACAGGACACGCUGAGAUAGGAGGGUCAUUUAAUGGAACACUGAAGUGAGUCGAGAUGCUGUUUCAGUUAAGGCCUCGAAUCUAAGCAGAUGUCGAUAAUUAGUACUGAUGGAGCAGGGUGAGGUUUUUCAAUGUUAGUCAAAUAAAUCAAACAGCCUGUGUGCCUCUUCUUCGGCCCCCGAUUGCUUACAGUUCCUAACUGAUCCGGAUGCUGCAUCUGCCCAGGCUGCUGCUUCAUCAUGUGAAAGUUAUUAGUGACCCACGUGGCCUCUUCUUGCAGAAGUGAGGCAACAUGGAAAAUUAAGCCAUGGUCUCUUCCUGUCCUGGCCGUCUGCAGGGCCCCUGAGCUUCACUCCUGAGCUGCUGGGCGGCACCAGUUCCUCUUGGCAGUUUGUCCCACCACAUGUCUGAGCUUUCUUCCAGUUUACAGGAAAGCUCUGACAUAUUCCUGGUGUACUUUCUUUCUCAAAAGUUUUGUUUCUUUCCUUGUUUGAAAACAACAACACACACACACACACAAAGUCCACAAAAGUUUUGAGAUUUUGUUAUUGCCAUCAUUAUUAUUAUUCCUAUCCAUGGAAAGCCUUCUUUGGGGACAUUUGCAAGAAGGUGUGUUCACUUACUCUGUAGUACCCACAAAGGUAUUUCAGGCAGAAUGACUACGGAAUAAACUCUUCAUUGGAUGGUGGGGGAGGGGGCUCUUUGGGAGUCAUUUUGAGUGACAGGUUGAUGCACUUCAGUCCAUGGGGGAAGUUCAGUUGCAGAUCCUGCCUGGCUGUUUUCCAAAGAGAGGAAAACAGAAGGCUCCAAAACCACAUCAGUGAGCAUCUGAAGUGUUGAUGCAGACGUCAGUGUCAUUUCCCUUUUCGGUUUUCCAGAAAGAAUGGUUAAUGAGUUUUGAAGGUGUGGUUAGUUUCUUUUUCAUUUUUAUAACAUUAAUUUAUGACUGAGUUUCAUUCAGCCCAGUAAUCAAACAUGCUGUGCAAGUUGUAGCAGUUUGUCUUCUAUAAUGUGGAUGGUAGAAUAGCCAAUAUGUACAAAGAAUUAAAGCAAGUAUUUUGUUCUAUGUAUAACACAAAUUAAUUUUACACAGAGAAAGAUGUUUCUAGGCAAAUGAAAUUCUGGUAAUUCAUACUUUUCCUUUGUAUGAACAAAUAAAAUAUAUUUUACCAA